ACGCCGCAAGGGUGUAUUCGUAAUAUUAAACCGUUCGAUGACGCUCGAGUUAGUCCUCGGUUACGUGACGUCAGCACCGAGUGCAUUGUUUAUCGGUAAACGAUUAAAAAUUCAAGUUUUAUUGUAAUUUAUAUUCACAAUGAACGAAUUCAAACGAGCCAAUGGCAAUGGGUCAUUUGUGCCUAAAUCGAAAAAACCUAAAUUCACUUUCAUGGAGAAUAAGGAAAAUUUUGAAGUACUUAAUGAGACCAACGUGCAUUAAAUUUUCUAUAUGAUAUAAAAAACAAGCAAUUAAUUUGUUUGUACCCACGUCUCGAAGAAAAAUGUCGCAUCGACGCGCAAUAAAUUUCGCCCAAAUUAUAACGAUACGUCGUGCAUUCGUCGAAGAUCGUGUACGACUACACAGUGUCAAACGUGACGGCACUGCGCCGACAAAAAUGCAAUGCCUCGAGUGGAUAUUUGAAUAAUAAUUCGUCUUUACUUCCGCAGGUCAUUUGAAUUCAAUACAAGAGGCAGUUGCUUAGAAUUCUUUCCAACUGCAGCACUACUUUUAUCAUGAGAUUUGCUGUAUUAUUGUUGGUGGUGUGCUUCAUCUACGAUGCUGCAGCUCGUCGUAGAUUUUCAAGGCAUCAUGGCCUUGGAUCACCUAAAUUAUCCAAAGUCUAUGAUUUGCCUAAGGAUCAAUGGUUUGAACAGCAUCUAGAUCAUUCCAAUCCAACGGAUGGUAGAAUGUGGAAACAAAGAUACUUCAUGAAUGGAGAGUAUUAUAAGGAAGGUGGUCCAAUAUUUCUUCUGAUAGGAGGAGAGGGUCCAGCUGAAGCCAAAUGGCUUGUAGAAGGUGAAAUGAUAGAUAAUGCCAAAAAAUAUGGAGCUAUGUGUUUCCAAUUGGAACAUCGGUAUUAUGGAAAAAGCCAUCCAACACAAGAUAUGAGUGUAAAAAAUCUGGUUUAUCUAAGUUCUGAACAAGCUCUUGCUGAUUUAGCUUACUUUAUAGAAGCUAUGCCUAAGAUGUACAAUAUGACACAAAAUUCUAAAUGGAUAGUUUUUGGUGGAUCUUACCCUGGUUCUUUGGCAGCUUGGAUGCGUUACAAAUAUCCUCACCUAGUGCAUGGAGCUGUGUCUGCUAGUGGACCUUUACUGGCCCAAGCAGAUUUUCAACAGUACUUCAUAGUUGUUGAGGAAUCUUUAAGAACUCAUUCUCAAGGAUGCAUUGAUGCCAUAGGAGCUGCAAUGAAACAAGUACAUAUUAUGUUGAGACACCGAAUCGGUCAACAAAGUUUAGCUAAACUUUUCAAAUUCUGUGAUCCAAUCGAUUCUGGAAAAACUACAACAAAAGAUAUAGCUAAUUUGUAUGAAUCUCUUGCUGAUACAUUUGCUGAUGUAGUUCAAUACAACAAAGAUAAUAGAAAUAGCAGUGUUUACACUAUUGAUGAUAUUUGUAAUGUUCUUGUUGAUGAAAAGAGAGGAGUUCCAGUUAAUAGAUUUGCAGAAGUUAGCAACAUGCUAUUAAAAAAGAACAAAGAAGAAUGCUUAGAUUACAAGUACAGCAAAAUGAUUGAUGAGAUGAGAAAUGUAACUUGGCCUGGAAAUGAAGCUCCUGGAGGACGUCAAUGGACCUAUCAAACUUGCACUGAAUUUGGAUUCUUUCAAACCUCAACUGCUAGACCUAACUUAUUCAGUGAAACUUUUCCUGUUGACUUUUACCUUACAAUGUGCCAAGACAUAUUUGGUCCAAGAUUUUUACACACAGUUGAGAUUGGUGUCGAGCGCACCAACACAAUCUAUGGGGCUCUUGAUUUACCAAAUGUAAUAUCUAAUGUAGUAUUUGUUCAUGGAAGCAUUGAUCCUUGGCAUGCUUUAGGUGUGACAAAAUCAAACAAUCCAGAAGCUCCUGCAAUAUUUAUCAAUGGAACAGCACAUUGUGCAAAUAUGUACCCACCAUCCAAGAAAGAUCUUCCACAAUUGACACAAGCAAGAAAACAAAUUUCUAAUUACAUUGGUCAAUGGUUAGAAAAGAAAGUCUAUUGGUGAUUUAUGCUUUAAAUGCACAUAAAAAAAGUUAAGAAAGUUUUUUGAAAGAGACUGAUAAUCUCAAAAUGAUGUAUAUUCUUAAAAAUUUUUUUAGAAUACGUUAUAUAAUACAAAUGUAAUUAUAACAGU